CCCGGGCGGGCCCCGUCCGCGGGCGGGGCGGCCAGGUCCCGGCGGGGGCGGCCGAUGCUCGCCCUGCCGGGGGUCCGGAAGAGGGCCGACGACAGCAAGAGGAGCAGCACCAGCCAGAGUGCGCUUCGAAGCGGUCCGAGGAACGACGACCGCAAGGGGCUCAUCUUCCUGCUGCCCUCGGGCCGCUUGGAGGGCGGUCCUCCGCCGCCACGGUGCAGUGGCGACAGAGGUCCGGACCCCCAUGAUGGGGAGGACGAGGACGACGGGCUCAGCCCCAUAAACAACAAGGCCACACUGAACCGGCGGAGCAUGGUGCCGCGGAGAUCCGGCACCUCGUUGUUUUUCAAGGUUUACGAGCUCGAGGGCAACCCUCUCGGUGAGGGUGGCUUCGGCUGCGUGCAAAAAGUACGACUGAAGCAGUCCAACACCCUUCGUGCGGUGAAGGUGAUGAGCAAAUCUAACUUGUCAUCGGAGACGGCAUGGAUGGAAGAGGCCAAAAUUCUGACGAGUCUAGAUCAUCCGCAUAUUUGCAGAUUAUUCGAGACGUACGAUGGCGACGACCAGGUGUUUCUGGUCAUGGAGUAUGUGAGCGGCAAAGAAUUGUUUGAUUAUUCGCACUGCUUCGCAGCAGCCCAUCUC